AUGUCUCUGUGGAGCACCUACCGAUCCCUCACCCCCAAAACCCGAGCCCUGUUCGGCGUCGGCGUCAUGGCCUGGGCCUCCAUUGGGCUGUGGACCACGCCGCAAGUCGAGGACGCGCUGGGCAUGACCUCUACGAAGGAGGAACAGGAGGCGCUGGAUAAGCAGCUUGCGGUGCGGAUUUCGCGGGUUGGAGGAGACGAGAAGGACGGCGGAGUGAAUUAA